GGUGUCGCAUACUGGGGACUACGUUUGUCAACAACCUGCAUUGUUGAGCGGGUUGAUAACAUGACAAUAAAACACAGUCCUCACAGUUUAAUCACAGUCAUUGUCGAUUAGGCUGACAUGGAGUCUGCAGUACACAGAUGCUUGGUCUUUCUUAGAAACCCUUGGCGCAUUGGAAAACAAUGAAAGGGAAACGGUAUGAAGGGGAAAACAGUCGCCCCAAGUAAUAAGAUCUGAUGUGGUCCUGAUGCAGCUGGAGUGCAGAGAGAACAACACAACACGUACAGCAGAUCAAAGGCCUCAUCUCAUCUCCAGUGAACUUCACGCCAAUGGCUGAUUCAGACAGCACGUCUACAUCUGAUCGAAAGCCGCACUGCCCACAUAAACCUGUCUCACUUUCAUUGCCUUUCCUGAGAGAGGGCAGUAAUGUCUUGGAGAGGAAACCGCCCCAAACAGGGGAACCUCUUAGUCCACUGCCAACCAAACGCACACGCACCUAUUCAGCGUCCGUAAGAGCCAAAUCUGGACCCGUCUUCAAGGGCAUUUGCAAGAACUUCUCAAGGUCACAAGGUCAUGGAUUCAUUCGCCCCUCCCAUGGAGGAGAAGACAUAUUUGUUCACAUCUCAGACAUUGAGGGUGAAUAUGUGCCAAUGGAGGGGGAUGAGGUGACCUACAAAGUGUGUCCUGUUCCUCCCAAGAACAUAAAGUUCCAAGCCGUUGAGGUGGUCAUCACCAACCUGUCUUCCGGAAGGAAGCACGAGACCUGGUCUGGGCAAGUUAUCAGCUCCUAGCUCACGCGUUCAGAGCCCAACAGAAGAAUAAAGGCAGAGAGGGAGAGAUAAAAGUAAGGGUUUAACUCGAGGUCCUUGUGCUGGUGUAAAAUGGUGUUGUGUGUAAGUAGGAUAGGGAUGGAAUAGCAAUUAGGGUUAUGCAACUGUUGUUUUCUCCGGCCUGGCAAAUAAGCAACAGGAAGUCAGUGAGAAGUCUGUUUGGAAAAUGUUUUGGGAUGCAAGUCAGAUGAGCUUUAACAUAGCAUUGGCAGAACAUAACAUAACUGUGAAAUAAAAAGCAGCAGUGUUGCCCUAUUGUCAUUUUUAUGUAAUUAAUAAUGUAUUUAUUUUCAUUUUAUGGACAGAGACAUUUGAGUUCAUUGUGAUGUGUGUGUUCAAGUCAUUUAUGUAAAACUGAUUUCCUAAAAUCAAUUAAUGCACAUCAGUGGAAACUUCCAUUUCUUUAAUUGUGAUUCACAGGACUGAUAUUAGUUUUCUGUAAGAAAGCUACAAAUCCCAAAAUCACAGUAGUCAAUUUUGUCAAGAACAAUGCUUCCUAUGAUAAUUCUAAUAAAACUGAAAUAACA